UGCCAAGCGCAGUUAAGUUUUGCCGUUAGACUGCGUGAGGAGGGAGGGAGAGAAGAGAGUUCGGGGAGCCGGGCCGCGCCUUCGGAGCCGGAUAAAUAUCAAGGCUUUUUGGUACAAGAAGGAAAUUUUGAACAAGCAGAAAAACCUGAAGCUGAUGGACAUUGUAUGGGCCACAGGCAGGGAUGGUGGGCUAUGACCCCAGAGCAGACGGCAGGAAUGUCUCCAAUCUCGAGGUGGCCGUGGCUGGGUCUGUGUCUGGACUUGUCACUCGGGUGCUGAUCAGCCCCUUGGAUGUCAUCAAGAUCCGUUUCCAGCUUCAGAUUGAGCGCCUGUCUCGCAGUGACCCCAACGCGAAAUACCACGGAAUCCUGCAGGCUGGAAGACAGAUUUUGCAAGAGGAGGGCCCAACAGCAUUCUGGAAGGGACACAUCCCAGCCCAGCUUCUCUCCAUAGGCUAUGGAGCUGUCCAAUUUUUGUCGUUUGAAGUGCUCACCGAGCUGGUGCACAGGGCCAGCGUGCGCGAUGCCCGAGACUUCUCCGUGCAUUUUGUGUGUGGCGGCCUGUCUGCCUGUGUGGCCACCCUCGCCGUGCAUCCUGUGGACGUGCUACGCACCCGCUUUGCAGCUCAGGGUGAGCCCAGGGUCUAUAAAACCCUGCGAAACGCCGUGGUGACCAUGUACAGGACCGAAGGCCCCUUGGUCUUCUACAAAGGCUUGAACCCCACCUUGAUCGCCAUCUUCCCCUACGCCGGGUUCCAGUUCUCCUUCUACAGCUCCUUGAAGCACGCGUGUGAGUGGGCCAUGCCAGCUGAAGGAAAGAAAAAUGAGAACUUCAAAAACCUGCUUUGUGGCAGUGGAGCUGGAGUCAUCAGCAAGACCCUCACAUAUCCCAUGGACCUCUUCAAGAAGCGGCUGCAGGUUGGAGGGUUUGAGCAGGCCCGAGCCUCCUUUGGCCAGGUGCGAAGCUACAAGGGCCUCCUGGAUUGCGCCAGGCAGGUGCUACGAGAGGAGGGUGCGCAGGGCUGCUUCAAAGGCCUGGCCCCCAGCCUGCUGAAGGCUGCCCUCUCCACCGGCUUUGUGUUCUUCUGGUACGAGCUCUUCUGUAACCUCUUCCACCACAUGAAGAAGGCAGACAGCUAGCCUCGAGGGCAGAAGGGUGGCCUGAGGUCUUUCCCUGGAGGGGCCCUCCUGAAGAACGCUCGAUCUUCCGUCCUGUGUUGCGCUGAGAGGUGUUGCCCGGCCCCUCCCUCCAGGCCAGCUGUCCUGGGCGCGAAGAGCCGUCGGCAGCAGCCUGGGUUCCACCAGAAGGGCCAAGGGGGUUCUCCACGGGAGAGCACGGGGCGAACGCAGGACCUGGUCUGCGGGGACCCAGCCCCGCCAGUCAGAAGGAGCUGGACGUUUCUCCUCUGUGUGGCGCACACUCAGGGCAACAGCUGCCCUCCUGCACGCCUUCGCUCCGGCUGCCCGGAGAACUCUCCUGCGUCUGGGUGGGCCGCAGCUUGAGUGUGAGGCUGGGAUCAGGCCUUUACAGGGGUCUGGUCCCCACACCUGGGUUCUUACCCCACCAAUUAUUUAAUAGACAUUAAAACUAAAAGCGCA